GUUGAUGCCAACAUGCUAACGCCAUUCGCUUCUUUUAGUAUAACGCAAGUGAACCUGAAAAGCUUGUUAAGUCUGGAUUCAGCUGUUCAAAGCGAAAUUAUGGUUUCCUUUAGAUGUCCACAGUUCUUUUAGCUUUUAUUUAUAGUGUGUAACGUUUGAAGUGAAGCCUUGCGAAAUACGAACAACAGCUAACGCCGUUAGCUUUAGCUUAUGUUUGAAAUAUCAGUGGAGUUUGAAUGGACUGAAGGAAAUUUCGCACUGAUUUAUUAAAAAAUGUCUAACAUCCAAAUGCUGAGAUCUGUAGUGGACCAGAGACUGACUGCUGCUGUUGAAGAGGUUUUUGAGCUGUUACAGAGAGCGAUAUCAGAGUAUGAGGAUCAACUUAGCCGAGCUAAAGAGGAAAACCAUCGACAACAGAAACUCCUGGACGCUGUUUACAACCCUGAAGUCCAGCUACACAGAGCAGACAUCCAACAGCUGAUGGUGAGUAAAGAGGAGAUUCUCCCUGUGCAGAUAGGGAGUAGCUUCAGCCUGAACUGUAUGAUUUCUGAGCCUCCACACAUGAAAGAGGAACUGGAGGAAGUGGAACUGUGCAGUAAACAGGCAAGAGAGCCGCUUCAAGGAGCAGAAGAGGCUGAUCUUAUCAACAUUUUUACACUAUCUUCUGUCACUGUGAAAAGUGAAACAGGGGAUGAAGAAAAACCUCAUUCCUUGCAGCUUCAUGAACUCCAAUGGGAAGUGAAUGGAGACACAGAGCAUUUGGAAUCAGAAGCUGAUGGAGAGGACUGUGGAGGAUCAGACAGAAGCUUGAAUCUGGACAGUCAUUUACAACUAGUUACGACUGACAAAACUUUAUGCAGUUCUGGAUGUAAAACUGGUGACAGUGCUGAUUGUUUGAUGAGUGAUGAACCUCAGGAAGAUUUGAACCCUCUCCUAAACAAAGAAGUGCAGUAUGACACUGAAAACACAUCUGUUAGCUCCUCUGAAUGUGAUCCCCCCUUUGGACUGAAGACACAACUGCAGGGACACAAAGGAAUCCAGACAAGAGAUAAACCACUAACUUGUUCAGUUUGUGGUAAAAGAUUGUCUAGUAAGGGAAGUCUGAAACAACACAUGCUACGUCAUUCAGCAGAAAAGCCUUUCAGCUGCUCAGUUUGUAGUAGAACUUUUGUCAGCAGAGCAGAGAUAGUGAUGCACAUGAGAUCCCACACUGGAGAAAAACCUUUCGAGUGUGGGGUUUGUGGUAAAAGAUUUAGUCACAAGAGAUCUAUGAAAAUUCACUCUGCUAUCCACACAGGAGUUAAACCAUUCAGUUGUUCUGUUUGUGGUCAAAGAUAUUUUCAACGUGGACAACUGAGGCAACACUCAGCUGUCCAUACAGGGGAGAAACCAUUCAGCUGCCAUGUUUGUAAACAAAAUUGUAACUCAAAAGCAGACAUUGUGAGGCACAUGAGGAUCCAUACAGGAGAGAAACCGUUUAGCUGCUCAGUUUGUGGUAAAGGAUUUGCUCUUGUUGGCAAUUUAAGGCAACAUGCUGUUAUUCACACAGGGGAGAAACCAUUCAGUUGCAGUGUUUGUCAUAAAAAAUUCUCUUGGCAUUGGUCUUUCAAAAAUCACAAAUGUGUUGUUCAGAGUAGUCAAACAUGAAUGAAACCUUCAGAUACUCAUCAGAUGUCACCUUUAGUCUGCACAGACAUCAAACAGCUGAUGGUGAGUACAAAAAAAGUUCUCCAUGUGCAGCAAGGGAAUAGCUUCAGUCUGAACCAUAUGAUUGCUGAGCCUCCAUGCAUAAAGAAAGAAAGAAAGAAAGAGAAACUCUUCAGUAAACAGGCAGGAGAGAACCUCAAGGAGCUGAAAAGGUUGAUGUUAUCAACAUUUUUACACUAACUUCUGUCACUGUGGAAAGUGAAAGAGAAGAUGAAGAAAAAUCUAAUAACUUGCAGCUUCAUGAAUUCUAAAGUGAAGUAAAUAAAAAAACAGAAGCUGAUGGAGAGGACUGUGGAGGAUCAGAAGCAGAUAGAGACUUGAAUCCAGAUAUUCAUUUACAGCUAGUUUUGGCUGAUAUGACUUCACACAGUUCUGUAUCUAAAACCGGUAACAGUGCUGAUUGUUUGAGUGAUGAACCCCAGGAAUUUUUUAACCUUAUCCUAAACAAAGGCAGAGUUCUAAGUGAUAUGAGACCUAACACUGGAAACACAUCAGUUAGCUUCUCUGAAUUUGCUCCAGAAUUUGAACAUAAGAAACAAAGAUGAAGCAGAAAGGAGAGAAACCAUCCAGUUGUUCAGUUUGUGGUCAAAGAUUCAUCAUGGACGUCUGAAGCAACACUCUCUUUCCCACACAAGGAACAUACUAUUCAGCUGCUCUGUCUAUAAGAAGAGUUUUAAAUGGAGAGCAGAUGCUGGUAAGCACAGGAGGGUCCAUACAGGACAGAAACUGUUCAGUUGCAAUGUUUGUGAUAAAAAAAUUCAUUGACAGUUGUCUCUCAAAAACACGUGUGUUUUUGAAGUGGAAAUUUACCAAUUGUCAACCAGCUGUGCUUCUAAAGGAAACUGAUGUGACAUAUAAAUGACCAGUGUGUCUCUGCCCUCAAUUUUAAACGUAAGAAGAACUCUCCACUCAUAUUCCCCCCAAAUCUCAGCCCGAUAGUCUUUCAGAUGUCUGUUGGACUACAACCUACUCUUCGACAUUUUCUCUGUGCUGGCCUGAUGUCAGCCUAGGCACUGGCCAUGGAGGGUUGAGUCUCGAGAAGGCUGGUGCUACGUCAGCACACGCGGAGCCCACCUGCUGCAACCAUGCAGAAACAAACAACAACAAGCAGUGUUUGGAUUUUAAUGGUGACAGUAAUGUUGGUCACCGACAGCUGGGUUGCUGUUUGGAGCCACAAUGAGGCGUAAAAAGACAACGGUAUAGGGAGGAGUGCAGUGUUAUGGCUGAAAUGUACACAAAUGAAAAGUGAAGUUUCCCCAUUAAGCUGUAGAGAAUUUAUUCAUUAAAUUUGAACAACAGGACCACAAGAAUAAUAAUAAUAAACACCACAAUAGCCUGCAUGUCUGUCAUGGAUCAUUUAAUUGUAUUUAGGCUACUGAGGCACAGUAAU